CUAGUGUUUAUAUCAAUUUUUUUAGGGGUUAACACUUUAAAGAAUGCGUAUGUCGCUAGGACUGACAGCGGACAGUACUUAAUAUCUGAUCAGAAGCCGAUUGAGUGGGUGGCAAUGGCUGAAUUCGACAACAAAGUUAAUGAAACCGGCUGGUCUUACUUGAGUGUAUAUACAAAUGGCGUGUAUUCCAAUGAAGACCAGUCCUAUGCUGCAGGAAUGGUGGAAGGCUAUCUCACCAAGGACCACAUUGCCAUGGCCUGGAAAAACACAGUGGAAGGCCAGUUCUGUGAACCAGUUCUCCAAGAAUAAGGCUCAUAAUAUCCAUGUUUUCAACUCUGCUACAGGCCAGUUCUGUGAACGUCCACUGAAUCCAGAGUGUGAACAGCUGGGCAAUUUCCUGCAGCAGAACUUGGAAUGGAUGCAAGACCAGAUCAAGUCACAGGACUCAGACUACUGGAAAAUGGUGGAGUUGUUUCUUAUUCAAGUCCGAGGUCUUACAGAUGGGUACUUUAAUCAUCCAACAAUGCCAUCAACUGAUAUCGAUCCUUUUGGUCUCUAUGUGUUGUCAAUGGGCGAUGACAUGGAGGACAUUCCCAAUGCAAUGAAGCCCAAGGUCACGGGGUCAGGGUCGUGCUCUGCCCUUAUAAAGCUGUUACCUGGAUACAAGGACCUGUACGUAUCUCAGGACACGUGGAGCACCUAUCAGAGUAUGCUGAGGAUGCUGAAGAAGUAUGAUUUCGCUUUCCAGACCGGUGCAGGCGUGGUUCCGGGUCAAGUGAUGACGUUUUCUUCCUAUCCGGGAUCCCUCCUGUCCGGGGACGAUUACUACCUCAUCUCAUCGGGACUGGCUUCCUUGGAAACAACCAUUGGCAACAACAAUCCUGCUCUGUACAAGUAUGUUACAUACAACACGGUGUUUGAAGGCAUACGUACCAUGGUAGCCAACAGACUGGCAACUACUGGCAUGGAAUGGGGAAAAACAUUCGCAAUGUUUAACAGCGGAACAUACAACAACCAGUGGAUGGUGGUGGACUAUAAGGUCUUCAUGCCUGGCUUCUCUCCCAAAACAGGCCUUCUAAUGGUUCUAGAACAAAUACCUGGUACAGUGAUCUAUGAUGACCAGACAGAUCUUCUAGUGAGGCAGUCCUAUUGGCCUAGCUACAACAUCGCUUUCUACCCUGAAAUCUUCAACAAGAGCGGCUGCUGGGACAAUGUGCAGAAGUACGGUGACUGGUUCACCUACGACAAAUCCCCACGAGCUCAGAUCUUCAAGAGAGACAAUGGCAAGGUCACAGAUCUGGCGUCCAUGCAGAAACUAAUGAGAUACAAUGAUUUCCAACAUGACCCACUUGCCCGCUGUAACUGCACACCACCGUACAGCGCAGAGAAUGCCAUAUCAGCACGCUGUGAUCUCAAUCCGGCAGAUGGUACCUACCCGUUUGGCGCACUUGGUCAUCGGUCCCAUGGGGGCACCGAUAUGAAGUUGACCAACCUGGACAUGUUCCAGCGACUGGAAUUCAUUGCUGUGAGUGGACCGACCUGGGACCAGUUGCCUCCCUUCCAGUGGAGCAAGGCGGACUUUGCUGCGGCCUGCCCCCACAACGGUCACCCAGACGUCUUCAAGUUUGACCCCAUCAAGUUCAAUGGCACUUUUUCAGGACAAUAAAUUGUACUUAAAGUUUUAAUUGAACUUUAAUUAAGCUUUAAUUGAAAUUUGAGUGAAAUGUAUUGGGAUAAUCUUUUUGCAUAGUCGUUUGAUGCCUGAAAUGAUUUCUGUUUAUUAUUUAUUGUUUCGUUUAAUUCUUUACCUAAUGAGAUUAACGUUUUAUUAAAUAGAAAUCAAGCAAAGUUUUUUUGUGUAGAAAAUGAAAAUCAGAAUGAGGUGUACAGAAUAGGAAAUUAUUUAUAUUUUUUAUUGAUAAGAACAUCAACUUUUGUAUGCUUUUAUGGAGAAUAAUUGGAAUAUGUUAAAAUGUCAAGGAAAGUUAAAAACUUGUUAAACUGUACAUAUAAAGUUGAAUACCUAUGAAGAUUUAUUUAUUUAAUUACAUAGAAAGUUGAAUACCUUUGAAUAUUUAUUUAUUGAAUUAAUGGAUGUUCAUUUUUACCUUUUUUCAGAAAUUUUAGAAUCAAAUGCUAAUGUGUGCAUAUUGUUGCUUUAAUAUACCGGUACUGGCUCUAUGAUGGUUUCUGUUAUAUUUUAUAUAUUUUUUAACAUGUACAUUAUGUUUCAGUCUUUAUCUGUUGGUCUUUUUGAUUAAAGUAAGUUUGCAGUGCCUUUGCAUAAUAUGUGUAUUUAUCAAGAUUGGGUCAUCAUAAUUUUUACCAUAACACCAAUAAAUUGUUAGGAAAUAUUGACAUGUGCAUUGUAGGCUUUCACAAUAAAUUUAAGUGUAUUAUGAUGGAUAAAUGCAAGUUGUUAUACUGACACAUUCCAAAUUUCACUGAACAAUACAUACUAUAAAUACUGCUAUGUGCAUGUGCACAAACCUGUUUGUGAUAAGUUACAAAUAUACUUCAGAAGAUAAUGUGUUUUAUUGUUGUUAUGUGAUAUAAACAUGCUGUUAAUAUUCAGCCAUAAAAUGUUUUGUUGUCUUAAAUAAUUUGUGCAAUGUUUUGACCAUUUGAAAUUAACUAGUUACACUAGUUUUUAAACAAUUCAACACAGGGGACUGUUCCAGUUUUUCAUGUAUACAAUGUAUCUAUGAAUGAUGAAAGAUAUGUGCUCAUGGUUAUAAACAGAGCAGUAUUAUAUUGUAUUUCCUUUGGACACAAUAUUAUUCACAUGUGUAUGUAUGGAAUGAUCUGUUUAUUGAAACUGACAUGUAAUAUGUGAUAUUUCAUAGGCCCUAGAAUUUCGAUGAUAUUUUUUUCCAAUAAAAUAUAAUUGCAAUUA